UCGCGAGCUCAGUCACAGCAGAGAUACGAUAACGACUUGUCGCAAAGUUUCCAACGCGCGCAUAAAAACAAAUACAAAGCUUACAUACUCAGUGCCGCAGAAAUUAACUGAUUAUUGUAACUAUUUCAUUAGAGUUUAGUUUAGAGUUCGAAAUUAAGACUUUUUUGACUUUUGAUACUAGACACAAACACCCUAAGUUGAUCCCGCAAGAGCACCGUUAUAACGGACAAUAUGCAACGAUUCGGAAAACAAUCACUCCAGCUUCACGUUCUACUUAUUGGGCUCGUUUGUUUUAGUCUAAAUGAUCCUACUAGCGCUCUCAGUCAGGUGGUCACCGAUACAUUUAGCCAAACUAUAGCCGGCGAUGUCCUUGUUUACCUGAAUGCCACUUACUGGCGUUGCGAUCUCGUCUUAUGUCCCGCCGGCACAGAUCAAUGCGUGGUGACGAAGUCUAGGUCGCCAACAGAACCAAGAGAUCUUAUACGAAGAAAUAUCUGUUUGUCAGCCAACAAACAGCAGCUUGUCGAUGAGUCGGUUACUGAGCCAAUAAAAUCCAAUGAAGACAUCAAUUUCAAACUGAUUGUGAGCAGCAGCGGUUCGUCUGUGCUACAAGACUACUCCUACUCCAAUACCUAUACAGGCACGUCUUAUUCGAGUUCAUCUGUUAAUACAGAUGCUGUCUCAAAAGCUGCUGAAAAAGCUACUGCGGAUGCUGUGGCCAAUGCUGCUGCGAAUACGGCCCAUAUUAAUCGUCAAAUUGCCAGAACUCUCCAGCAGAUCGGUGAAGAAGUGAGAAGAAGCCUUGAUACAGUUCAACAAGACUUAAAAGAAACAUUCCGUAGCGCAGGCCUUUGGAGGAAAUGAGGAAACAUUGCGGAUGGCAGUGAGCUUGGCCUGGGAGGACGCUAAAAAUUAAUACCCGAAAAUAAAUGCUGUGAAAUAAUAAUACCUUAUAUAUGUAUGUAUCUAUGUACAACCGUUAUGGAUGUAAUAAAAAUAUGUUAAAAAAUUG